GCUCGGCGUGCUGCAGCCAUGGAGACGCGGUAAUCCCCUCCUCCGUCCCAAUCCCGGCCCCCCGCAACCGCAGCCGAUUGGUCGCCCUUUGCUCCCUGACCCCCUGGCCUCCUCCGAGGCGGUGGCUUCCUGCUGGAAUAACGCGCGGAGGUUCAGUCCCGGGGCGGAGCUCGGCGCCGAGUCGCGCUGCCUGGCCCGCCACUGCAGAUAGAGCCCGCCGGAGGAGGAGCCGGUGCCGCGCCCUUCCCCUUCCUCCGCUCCUCCCCUCGCCUACACCCCGCCUGCCCGGCCGCAGACAGCAUUCAGGGCAGCGGCUGCCUCGGCCGGCGGCCGAGUUGGGAGAAUGCGGCGGCGCUCGCGGAUGCUGCUCUGUUUCGCCUUCCUGUGGGUGCUGGGCAUUGCCUACUACAUGUACUCGGGAGGCGGUUCUGCGCUGGCCGCCGGUGCUGGUGGCGGCACUGGCCGGAAGGAGGACUGGAAUGAAAUUGACCCAAUUAAAAAGAAAGACCUUCAUCAUAGCAAUGGGGAUGAGAAAGCACAAAGCAUGGAGACCCUCCCUCCAGGGAAAGUACGAUGGCGGGAAUUCAACCAGGAAGCUUACAUUGGAGGAACGAUGGUCCGCUCUGGGCAGGACCCUUAUGCCCGCAACAAGUUCAACCAAGUGGAAAGCGAUAAGCUUCGGAUGGACAGAGCCAUACCUGACACAAGACAUGACCAGUGUCAGCGAAAGCAGUGGCGAGUGGAUCUGCCAGCCACCAGCGUGGUGAUCACAUUUCACAAUGAAGCCAGGUCAGCCUUGCUGAGGACAGUGGUCAGUGUACUUAAGAAAAGUCCACCUCACCUCAUCAAAGAAAUCAUCUUGGUGGAUGACUACAGCAAUGAUCCUGAGGAUGGGUCUCUCUUGGGAAAAAUUGAGAAAGUACGUGUUCUCAGAAAUGAUCGAAGAGAAGGCCUGAUGCGUUCUCGGGUCCGGGGAGCUGAUGCAGCCCAGGCCAAGGUCCUUACGUUCCUGGAUAGCCAUUGUGAGUGCAAUGAGCACUGGCUGGAGCCCCUCCUGGAGCGGGUGGCUGAGGACAGGACCCGAGUUGUGUCACCUAUCAUCGAUGUCAUUAAUAUGGACAACUUUCAGUAUGUGGGAGCAUCUGCAGACUUAAAAGGCGGUUUUGACUGGAACUUGGUGUUUAAAUGGGAUUACAUGACCCCUGAGCAGAGAAGAUCCCGGCAAGGCAACCCAGUUGCCCCCAUAAAAACCCCCAUGAUUGCUGGAGGUUUAUUCGUGAUGGAUAAGUUCUAUUUUGAAGAGCUGGGGAAAUAUGACAUGAUGAUGGAUGUGUGGGGUGGAGAAAACUUGGAGAUCUCGUUUCGUGUAUGGCAGUGUGGUGGCAGCCUAGAAAUCAUCCCUUGCAGCCGUGUGGGACAUGUAUUCCGGAAGCAGCACCCCUACACUUUCCCAGGUGGCAGCGGCACUGUCUUUGCUCGUAACACCCGUCGGGCAGCAGAGGUCUGGAUGGAUGAAUACAAAAAUUUCUAUUAUGCAGCCGUGCCUUCUGCCAGAAAUGUUCCUUAUGGAAAUAUUCAGAGCCGACUGGAACUCAGGAAGAAACUUAGCUGCAAACCUUUCAAAUGGUACCUUGAAAAUGUCUAUCCAGAAUUAAGGGUUCCUGACCAUCAAGAUAUAGCUUUUGGUGCCUUGCAGCAGGGAACCAACUGCCUGGACACUUUGGGACAUUUUGCUGAUGGUGUUGUUGGAGUCUACGAGUGUCACAAUGCUGGUGGGAAUCAGGAAUGGGCAUUGACAAAGGAGAAGUCAGUGAAGCACAUGGACUUAUGCCUGACUGUGGUGGACCGGGCACCUGGAUCACUUAUAAAGCUGCAGGGCUGCCGAGAAAAUGACAGCAGACAGAAAUGGGAACAGAUCGAAGGCAAUUCCAAGCUGCGACAUGUAGGCAGCAAUCUCUGCCUGGACAGCCGUACAGCCAAGGCUGGGGGCCUCAGCGUAGAGGUUUGCAGCCCUACCCUGUCUCAGCAAUGGAAGUUCUCACUGAACCUGCAGCAGUAGGAGAGCCAGGAGACCAGGCCAUCCUUCUGCACCAUCCAGCUGAGUUUGAUGAUCAUGUACUUGAUUAUGUUUCUUAAACUUUCCACAGAACUAUAUACCUCAGUAUUCCAUCGUGGUCUGAAAAUCAGAGAACUUCAGCAAAACAAGGGGGAUUGAACAGACCCAACAGAGGCAAGAGAAGAGAACUGUUCUCAUCUCACAGGACACAGCCAGGCCCUUUUCCAGGGCAUACGAUGCCCCACCUCUUCCCAGCUUCUGCUGAGCAACAUCCCUAGCCACAGAGGCAAAGGAGCAGUAGAAAGUUGGCCUGAGCUCAUACAAGGUGAAGGAAGGAUGGGAUGUAUUUGCUCCAUUAUAGCAAGGAGAACUCUUUGGAAUUCUCCACUUUUGAUCCCAUCAAAAUCUCAGUAUGGUAUGGUUUCCACAGAAUUGAAUCACAUCACUUUGUUUGCUGGUUUAUAUUAUACCCACCACAUCCACCACUCCUAUGUUCCCAGUUGUCUUCCUAGCUCAGAGUCGUGUAUCCUUUCCCCCCAUCCCGCCCCACCCCAUGAUGUUCUUGCUAUAUUUGAAUAUGAACUUUUCUAUGGCGGGACAGUAAAUAUAAAUAUAUAUAAAGAAAGAAUGUAUGGGCAGUUCCCUAUAGUUUCUAUAGGUAAUCUUCAUCAUGUAAAUUCUCCACAGAGCAGUUCACAGCAUGAAGAGGAAGGACUGGAGUCCUGUGGGGCCAGAGUCUUCUGGAGGGAGGAAAUGGUCUCCUUUGUCCCCUGGAGGCUUAUCCAUGAGUAGGUGCUACUAUGGCUAACUGAGAUCUCUCCUGCAUCUGGCCCUAGAGCUAGCAAUGUCUAGAGUCCCUAGAUCUCCAGCUUUUGGCCAUGGCCUCUCUGUUCAGCUUCAUCUUGGGAGUGACUGCUAUGUGCAGAAAUCCGCUUUGUGUGCUUUUGAUAUCCAUAAACCUAGAUGUGCUACUUAUUUGACAGAUAUUAUUUUGAGUCUGUUUAAAUUUAAUUUCUUUUCUCUAAGGAAAAAGAAAACUAAUCUAACAGCACCCAAUGACAGUAGGAAGCUGGCAGGCUUGCACUUGAUAAUUCUGGUGCACUAGCAGUACUGUCAAGGUACCCUAGUCCCUGGAACUGGCCUGCCACUCUCCCCUCAUACCACCCCACAGGUCCAGGUGACUACCUCAGGAGCUUUGUGUCAAGAAUUAGUAAAGCUGGAAACCAAACACCUUGGUUAUUGACGUUGGGUAUUUAGGGCACAAAGCAGGAGCCUUGUGGUUAGGAAGCAGAUGUCAGCAUAAACCAUGAGACAGUGAUAAACUAAGUCAUAGCAGGAAGAGAUGCUUGGGUUCCUUGUCUCAAGAACUCAAAACAUCCUUGUCAAAUUCUCCCUGCAUUUGCAGUGUCCCCAUUUGCAGUAACAAACCAAUGAUUCCUUAAUUAAUUUUGUAAUUGCUGCCCCCCUUCUUUCUACACUGACCUUUCUAGAACAGCCCCCAAGAGGCUAAAUGUGUCCAAUAUCCCAAGAGUUGCUGUGUGGUGGGACAUGCUUCAUAGAUGUGCAUCUUUAAGGCCUUUUUUGGAAGGACUGGAGACUCCAGAGUGAGAAGUUGCCCCAGAAGGUUCUUUUAGUUUGAUUGUUUAUAUGCUACUCUGAUUUAUUUUAGACAAGUAAACAUUGUUGACUUCUCUUCCUCUACUACAAAAGGCCCACCUGUGGUUACUAUAUGACAGUGGGCUUGGGUGUGGAGACCUACCUGACUGGAUGAUUCUGUCCUGUCUUUCUCUUUCUGCCCCCACCCCCCCACCCCCCAUUAAGCAUACAAGUAUAUUUUAGUGGACAGAGAAACCAUAACUGGAUUAACUCUGCACACUUACAUCUUUAGUCUUAAAAGUACAAGUGGGUUCUUAGAAAAAGCUCUAAGGACUUGUGCAAGGCUGUUGAAUGGGGAUGGGUGAGAGUGUGAAAUAGUGGACAGACUGUGUCACUGUGUGGUAUACUUGACCAGAGGAUCUGGAUCCCCUUAUUAGACUUUUCCACCUGUGAAAUAAUGCUACUGUUAGGGGAAAAAAUAAUUCUCUUGAUGAAAAAUAAAACUAUCUUUGAUAUAAAACACAUCACAAUCCAGUUCUUGAUAAAAUCUCUUGAUGAAAUCUUUCCCUGUACACAUAAGUCCUGCCAGCCUUUGUACCCCUGGGACAGGUUCAUUCAGUCUCUUGGGAAGCCCUGCCCAUCCCUAAGCUGAUGAGAGCAGUGACCUUGAAUGAGCAAAGAUGGGCUAUGAGGGCUCCCUCAAGGUGAGCUAUGUUUAUGUUUACAUGACACAGUGUGCCAAAGUGACUUACUAUGGCUGCAUUAUUUUUUAGUCAUCAGGACUACUCUACCCCCCCACUCCUGUUUCUACAAAUAAAGAUUCUUUCCUAAAAGCCGUUUGAGCAAAGUGUGCAAAGUUAGUUGUCUUCUGUGUGAUGGUCUUCCUUACGUCUUCAUAAAAGCUACAGUAAUGGUAUCUGUGAGUAUGUUUUGCAAAUUCAAAAUAUAGUUUGGUACUUUUUUCCAGUUGAUUUUUAAAAGAACUGCUGUACAGGGCUUGUACAUUUUCCAUUUUAUAGAUGGAAACCAUCCUUGAAAAAAUGUUUAACUUAAAUAAAAAGAAGAUACUUUAUAGAUA